GCAAGAUCUUCACUCUACUGUAAGCCUUACUAGUGGAUAAUGUUUAUGAUAUUAGUCGUCUGAGUGUAGGGAAUCAGCAAUCCUGUGCCAUGUCGAUCAUCACCGGACGGAUAUAAAAAGGGCCACCGCUACCGGCCAUUUGUUGGUCACUUCGACUCAUCCCAGUCUCAAGCCCAAUACACCACAACACACCAAAUUAUCCAAUACUUAUCAACCCACUUCCAUCAUGUCGAAUCCCCGCUCCACUCAAAUCUUCAUCCAGAACAACACUGGCUUGGAGCUCGACCUUGCUACUGAGUCACUCUCGCCUGGCCUCUGGCAAACUUCUCCGCCGUCAACGAUUCCCGAUACUCAAUCAGCAAGCUUUCUAGCUGUUUCUGAUGUUACCAAUAACGGCGAUACGGGCAAGUUUACCUACAACAGCGCUGCCGGCCCCUUCACUUUCAAUUUCACCAAUCCCAACGAGGGUAAAGAUGUCUACAACCAGUCAGCCCCGGCAAACUACACAUCAACCCCGGUUGGCGGCGGCGGUGACAACGCUCAAAUUACCUGGAUUCUUGAGAAGGCAGAAUAGUACCCUCACGCAAACAUGCAGGACGUGACUCGAUCGUUGUGCGAUUUGUGAUAGAGGAUAUGAGACAGGCUAGAUGGAGUUCUUUUAGACAACAUGACUCAGAAUUCCAUAAAUU